AUGAAAAAUUGUUUUUUCAUUUUUUUAAAAAUAAUAUUUGUUACAGUGAUAAUAUCAAAAUAUAGUAUUGGUGAAAUAGUUAAUACAAAAUGUUAUAAAUGUUUAAAUGAAUUUAAUGUAUGUCAAACCAUAGAAAAUGAUAUACUGAUCAAAUUGAAUGAAACUUUAAUAUGUAAUGAUCAACUUGGUUGUGUAUCAGAUUAUUCAAUGCCAUCAAUGCAUCCAGAUAGAACAUCAAGUUGUAAUUCAAAUCAAGGAAAAUAUGGUGAUCAAUGUGAAGUUGGAAAUGAAGGAUUUUGUGGUUAUCAAAUGACAUGUGAUUAUCCAUUCAAUAUAAGUUUAGCACCAACAUGUGUUGGUUUUAAAACUUUACAACCUGGAGAGAAUUGUAUAUGUAAUUCAGAAUGUAAUAGUUUAAUUUGUGAUGAAAAUAAAUUAGUAUGUAUAGAAAAUCAAUACUCUUGUAAUGUAAAUUCAUAUUGGAAUGGCACAACUUGUGAAAAUAUUUCAAAUUUAGGUGAUAGUUGUUCAAGUGAUUCACAAUGUUCAAUUUUUAAUACUUGCGAAAAUGGAAUUUGUAUUGAAAAAUACUCUUUAAAUGAAAAUUCUCUUUGUAUUUCAGAUUCUGCUUGUAAUAUUUCAAAUUCAUUAAUUUGUAUUGAAAGAAAAUGUCAAGUUUUUAAGAAAUCAAAUACAACUAAUUGUAAAAUUGAUGGAUGUUUAAAAGAUUAUGAAUAUUGUAAUUGUGAUAGUGGAUUAUGUGAACAAUCAAAAAUAUUUAAUGAUGAAUGUAAAUAUAUACAAUAUCAAUUAGAUGCAUGUGUUUAUGGAAGAUGUGUUUACACUGGAGGUUAUGUUUCAAGUAAUUCUUGUGUUAUGAAAAAUUGUGGAAGUUUAGUUUGUCAACAUCAUACUAAAUGUACAAAUGGUCCAUGUGGUAAUAACAAUUCUUCAUUUUGUAUUUCAAAUACAUAUAUACCAAAUAAUAUUACCUUACCCAAUAGUCCAACAAAUAAUAGUGAAAAUAGUUCUUCAAAUUCAACACAUAGUAGUGAAUCAAUAGGUAGUAGUGGUAGUAACAGUAGUAAUAGUAACAGUAGUAAUAGUAGCAGUAGUAGUAAUAGUAAUAGUAGCAGUAGUAGUAAUAGUAUUAGUAAUAGUAGCAGUAAUAGUAAUAGUAAUAGUAGCAGUAAUAGUAUUAGUAAUAGUAGCAGCAGUAGUAGUAGUUCUUCAGAUAGUAAUGAAACUGCAGAUGACAGUAGUUAUUUAAAUUCAUCAAAUGGUGGCGAGUCAAUAGGCGAGGGUAGUACCCCAUCUUCUAAUUCAACAAAUAGUAACGAGUCAAUAGGUGAUAGUGAUAGUUUUUCAAAUUCAAAAAAUAGUGAACCAAUUGAUGAUGGCAGUAACAACUCAGUAAAUAGUGAUAGUUCUUCAAAUUCAGCCAUGGAUAGAAGUAGUAGUAGUGGUAGUAACUCUUCUAAUUCUACUUUGGGAUCAAAAGAAAAUAGUUCUUUAAAUUCUACAGACAGUGAGCCAAAUGUAACUGCUCCCCCAAACACUGCAAACAAUAAUGGAACAAAAAAUCAUUCUUUAAAUGCAACAACUAGUAAUGGAUAUUAUCAUAGUGAUGAACUUUAUAUUCCUUCAAAUUCAACAAAUUCAUCUCAUUAUUCAUUUUCAUUACUUUUAUUUUUAUUAUCACUUUUAAUUUUAAAUUAA